AAUCAAACUACUACUACUUCAACCCAUGAGCCUCCUCCAUCUCUCAAUAACUAUUCCAUUUGGCAUAUCGCUGACUUUCUCUUUGUCAAUAUUAAACAACACCCUCGUCUCCCCCUCUUCCUCUCCACACACUUCUUCAAUCCCUCAACUCCUACAAAUCCUCUCAUUUCUCUCCACUUUCCUCACAAUUUGUAAAGUCAAAAAUACUUGGUUUCUUAUAUAAACUUGAUUCCUCUAAGUAUUCACUCACUUGUGUUUUUUUUGAAGAUUUAUAUUUUUUGGGUAUUCAAAAAAUGCCGGAAGUUGAAGUUCCUUCUCAUUUUCUAUGUCCGAUCUCUAUGCAACUCAUGAAAGAUCCGGUUAUCGUAUCGACAGGAAUUACUUAUGAUCGAGAGCUCAUUGAGAAGUGGUUGCUGACAUGCAAGAACAAGUUUUGCCCCGUGACGAAACAAGUCUUGUCGGAUGAUACGGAGCCUACGCCGAAUCACACUCUUCGGCGUUUGAUCCAAUCUUGGUGCAUUCUCAAUGACUUCGAUCGGAUACCUACGCCGAGACAGCCUCUUGAUAAAACACGAAUCGUCAAGCUCCUCAAAGAAGCCGAGAAAUCUCCGAGUAGUCGGUUCGAAUGUUUAAAAAAUCUUCUGUCGAUUUGUGAGGCCAGCCCCAUGAGCAUCAAGUUCUUGGAACAAAAUGGCGCGGUUGAUUUUUUAGUUUUACUAUUAAACAGCCGUGAAUUCGUCGAUGAGGCCUUGGAGCUUCUUUGUAAUCUCAAGGUCUCGGAGACGAGCCUCGCGCAGUUGGUGAACGACAAGUUUUUCGAGUCAUUAGUGUUUGUUUUGAAGUCCACGAGCUUCCAAUCUAGAGUUCACGCAAUCAUGUUACUGAAGUCUCUAGUAGCAGUGGCGGAUCCAGCUCUGUUAAUCCGCAUCCAACCUCAACUUGUCGUCGAAGUCGUUAAUAUUGUCAAAGACAAUGUGUCUCAGAAAGCCUCAAAGGCCGCAUUGAAGUUACUCAUAGAAAUCUGUCGGUGGGGAAAGAACCGAAUCAAAGCCGUGGAAGCCGGAGCCGUAUUCGUCCUCAUCGAGCACCUCCUUUUCGACAAAUUCUCCACAUCAUCCGAAAGGCGAUCCUGCGAACUUGUGCUCGUACUAUUAGAUCAACUUUGCGGUUGCGCAGAAGGAAGGGCCGAAUUGCUGAAACACGGAGCUGGACUCGCCAUCGUGUCGAAAAAAGUGCUCAGGGUCUCUCAAGUGGCCACAGGUAGAGCCGUGAGGAUUCUAGCUUCGGUAGCUAGGUUUUCGGCAACUGCUAGGGUUUUGCAGGAAAUGCUUCAAGUGGGAGUUGUUUCGAAAUUGUGCCUAGUGCUUCAAGUGGAUGGGAAUGGGAAAACGAAGGAUAGAGCUAAGGAGAUUUUGAGAUUGCAUUCUAGGGUUUGGAAGAAUGCUUCUUGUGUGCCUCCUUACUUGUUGUCUUCAUAUCCUUCUUGUGAUUAAUUUUUUUCGGGGCAUAUAUUGUUUAUUGCAUGUUUAGCACUGGCUAAUUAGAGGAGAUCAUGUACAAGCAGGCUAUAUGAUACAGUGUUCAAAGUUAACUUAGAUUUACAAGAGAAUCUUGUAGAAAAUAUAUCAUUAUAUUUCUCUCCUAGAUUAUUUUUGAUUCCA